AUGAACACUGCUCGUCGAAGUUUGAUAUCCCUUAAGUCAUGGGAGCUACCCAAGCAAAAAAGUUCCUGUGCACCACCCGGAAUCUGGACUAAUAUCGAUAAUGACAUUACGCCUGUGUCAAGAAGAACUUGGACUAUUUACAUGAUAAUAGGAUUCUGGGCAAGCGACUACUUAUCCAUCCAGAGCUAUGAGAAUCCCUCGUCCGCCUUGAUCAUCGGUUUGUCCUGGCGACAAGCGAUGAUGAAUUCGAUUUUGGGGCUUUUUCUUAUUGCAAUUCCUAUUACCCUCAAUGGUGUGAUGGGUUCAGACUUGCAUGUGCCAUUUGCGGUGGCCAACAGAGCGUCGUUUGGUUACUUGUUCUCGAGAUUCGCCAUCGUGACUCGCUUUUGUACGGCUCUAUUUUGGCAUGCUAUUCAGACGUUUUCGGGAAGUAUUUCCAUGUACUAUGUGAUAGCUUCUAUUUGGCCCAGGUUCUUGGAUCUUGAAAACUCGAUAUCUCCGUCCUCGGGGAUUACCUCUGCUCAGAUGGUGGCCCACUUUGUGUUUUUCGUGCUCCAGUUCCCCAUAAUGACAAUUCCUCCCCAUAAACUUGGAUGGUUUUUCAUGCUCAAAAUUGUCAUUGUAGUGGCUUGUCUUAUUGGUAUGGUCUCUGGCAUAACAAAAAUGUCUGGUGGGACGGGAGACAUAUUCAGACUCGAUGCCAGCUUGUCGGGAAGUGCCAAAAUAUGGGCUACACUUCACACAUUAAAUAGUACAAUAGGUGGCUGGGCCACCAUGUCAACGAACAUUUCCGAUUUCACUCGAUACCUCAAAGGGUCCAAGAGCCAAUAUUUUCAGGUGGUAAUCAUCCCUGUGUUUGCAGUGUUUGUGACAAUGAUAGCCAUUGUUUGUUCUUCGGCUGCUAAGGUACUUUAUGGUGAAUACAUCUGGGACCCUACCGACUUUGCAGCUAUAUGGAUCUCCACCGGCCCCAAAGGUAGAGCUGCUUCGUUUUUCAUGUGUUUUUCGUGGUGUUUGGCACAAAUAGGUACGAAUCUAAGUGCCAAUGUCAUCUCUGCCGCUAACGACUUGACGUCUCUUUUUCCCCGGUUCUUGAACAUUCGUCGUAGUGCCAUAAUCGUCACCAUCACAGCAUCUUGGAUUAUGGUUCCAUGGAAGAUUGUUUACAGCGCAGGGUCCUUGAUCAACUUUAUGUCGGGAAUAUCAUUGUUUUUGGCCCCAAUAUUCAGUAUUAUGAUUUGUGACUACUGGAUUGUCAAGAAGAGGAAAAUCAAUGUUCCAGAGUUGUACAAUCCUCAUGGAAUCUAUGCAUACGACCAUGGGAUAAACUGGAGAGCAGUUGUGGCCCUUGUCUCCUCAAUAGUCCCUAACUUGCCCGGUUUGGCUCUCAGCGUGAAUUCGAAUCUCGACUUACCGGUUGCCAUUUCUCGUUUUGCAACGCUUGCUUACUUCUACGGUUCGUUGAGUGCGGUCUUGAUUUACUAUUUAUUGAACAUAGCUUUCCCUCACAAAGAAUCAUUGAUUGGCCACCUGGUGUGGGAACUUGCAUCGGAGAUUGAAACUUUGACCUCAGCCGAUGAUCAGAGUAUAUGCAUAAACUCUGAGAAGCAGUUUUUUUAG